AUGUACGACUCUGAAAAAAAGGAUGCUGCGUACUGGGCAGAGCGGAUGAGGGAGGAAACGCAUGUGCGGCAUGUGAGUGGUGAUGUUUACGAGAGUGUAAGCCCCGACGUGACCGUUCCUUUCGGCUCGCGCUCCAUUUUUGGCGGGGUUCUUCUCGGACAGGCGAUCAAUGCCGCGAGUGCGACGAUGCCGGAGAAGUAUCUGGUACAAAGCAUGCAAGUGAGGUUUCUGGAUACGGCAAAACGAGACCGCAUUCAGUUCACCGUUACCAGCUUGCGGUCCGGCCGUUCGUACAUUUUGUGCCGUGUCGAAGCGCACCAGCAUGGCCGCUUCAUCUUCACUUCAUUUAUAUCGUUCAAGGUUCCUGACGCCCCGGACACUUCCUAUGCGAUUGGAGCGCCGAUAAUUGACAGCAAUGCCGAGUUUGAAAUCAGCGAAGAGGUGAAAACUGGCACGCGCCCCGCAUUUGUGCUUCCCCCUGAGGAAUCCAUGCCGGGCAAUGUGCGCUACGAAAAAGGCCUCGCGAACUUCCCGGAUAUUGCCAAGCUGGAAUUUGCCCUCAAGGGACUGCGGUACGACCAGCUGCGUCACCCCGCAGAGUAUCGUGUCGCCGUGCCCACCAUGUACAAUGAGAUGUCGCUCUACCAGUUCGGUUCCAAGCUUGCUCUUUGGGUCCGCGCUCGCGGGGACUACCACGAGGACGAGAACCACCAGCGUGCGGCUCUCGCAUACUAUAUCGAUCAAUUCCUCGUCCCGCACAGCACGUCUGUGUUUUCGGGGUGCCCGUCCAUGAUGGCCAGUCUCGACCACUCAAUGUGGUUCUACGAGUCGUUCUCCAUGUCCGAUUGGCUCUUGCUGGUGAUGGAGCCGCAGUCGGUCGCGGAUGGCCGCACAUUGGUGCUCGGCCGCAUUUAUCGCCAGGACGGCGUGCUUGUCGCAGUGGCAAUUCAAGAGGGCGUUUUCCGCCAAUCGCACAACAAGGCACUCAUGUAG